GACCUCUCUCCUGGUGAAGUAGUAGGGGAACCCCCCGAUGUAUCGAGAGACCUUCACCGCGAGCUAGAUAAUGCGAACAAGAGGCAAUACCCAACAUUACCCGUAAACGAAGUCGUUCGGACGACCGAGGAAGUGCGAACUAUUGCCGACGGAGAGCUGAGCGUCGAUGAUCGCUCUCUUCACGCGUCAGACUUGUUACCAGGGACGCUCGGUGCUGCUGAUGCUUUGCCAUUUACACAACUUCAGCGUUCUCAUCCGAGAGUGAUUCAGGUUGAAGAACAUGAGAGUGAGCCUUCAAAUUCGCAGCGGACUUACUCGGUUGAGGAGCGAAGGGAAGAUGGAUCUGCUCUUCUUCGUGAAAACGAGAGUGACGAGCAAGCUGAUGUUUACGGUUUAGAAAUGGGAAGCGGAAGAAAUUCUGAUGUAGAGGCUAAGGAAACAGAACCACAAAAGCCGACUAAAAUCCAAGUGACAUUGCCUUCCAUUGAUGAUGUUACUCACGAGGAAAGCUCAAUACCCAGUGAUGCGCAUGUUUCCAUUGAUCAAGACACGAUUGGUGAUAUGUCAUCAAUUUCUGGAGGCGAUUUUUGA